AACAAAGAAAAAAUGGGUAGCUUACUACCUUCUGAUGAAAGCAAUUCAUUAGCAGUAUGUUCUUCUAGUAAAAAUCUAUUAGACCCAGAAGAGUUCAGAAGACAAGGUCAUAUGAUUGUAGAUUUCCUUGCUGAUUACUAUAGAGAUAUCGAGAAAUAUCCAGUUCAAAGCCAAGUCAAACCCGGUUAUCUCACUAAACGUAUACCAAAAUCUGCCCCAUACAACUCUGAACCCAUUGAAACAAUUCUGCAAGAUGUUCAAAAUGAUAUUAUUCCUGGUCUUUCUCACUGGCAAAGUCCAAAUCAUUUUGCGUACUUCCCUUGUACUGUUAGCAUUGCUGGAUUUCUUGGCGAAAUGCUUAGUACGGGUUUUAAUGUUGUAGGAUUUAGCUGGAUGUCUUCACCAGCUGCAACGGAGUUGGAAAUUAUAGUUAUGAAUUGGCUUGGUCAAAUGCUUAAACUUCCUAAAUCAUUUCUCUUCUCAUCGGAUAGUAAUUACGGAGGAAGUUCAGGAGGUGGAGUUUUACUAGGGACUACUUGUGAAGCCAUUUUAUGUACACUAACUGCAGCAAGGGAUCAAAUGUUGAACAAAAUUGGUAGAGGAAAUAUUGGUAAGCUAGUUGUUUAUGGUUCUGAUCAAACUCAUUGCGGAUUUCAGAAAGCUUCUCGAAUUGCUGGAAUACACCCGAAAAAUUUCCGCUGCAUCAGCACGUCAAAGGCAACAAAUUUUGAGCUCUCUCCGCAUUCACUUCAAUCCGCAAUUCUGACUGAUAUAGAGUCUGGGUUAACUCCAUUAUAUCUAUGUGCCACGGUUGGUACUACUUCAUCCACUGCGGUAGAUCCACUACGAGCAUUAUGCAAAGUCACAAAAAAGUACGGUAUAUGGGUUCAUGUUGAUGCUGCAUAUGCAGGAAGUGCUUGUAUUUGUCCCGAAUUCCGACAUUUCAUUGAUGGUGUGGAAAAUACAGAUUCGUUUAGCCUCAAUGCACACAAAUGGCUAUUCACUAAUUUAGAUUGUUGCUGUUUAUGGGUUAAGAACUCUAGUGCUCUAGUUACGGCUCUGUCAACAAAUCCGGAGUACUUGAAGAAUAAAGCGACUGAGUCGGAGAAAGUUAUCGAUUACAAAGACUGGCAAAUAGCUUUAAGCAGAAGAUUUAGAUCACUGAAGCUAUGGUUAGUAAUUCGAAGUUACGGAGUAGCUAACCUUAGAAAUUGUAUAAGGAGCCAUGUUAAGAUGGCAAAACAGUUUGAAGAACUUAUCUCCAUGGAUGAGAGGUUCGAAAUUGUAGUGCCCAGAACAUUUUCCAUGGUGUGUUUCAGACUCAAAAUGAUAGUAGUUUUUGAUCAAAAAUCACCACAGAAUCAGAUUGCAGAUCCAAUAAUGAACGAGCUCAACCGAAGAUUGCUUGAAUCCAUAAAUGCAUCCGGUCAGGUACAUAUGACUCAUGGAAUGAUUGGAGGGCUAUAUAUUAUCCGAUUUGCCGUUGGUGCAACCCUUACGGAAGAACGACAUGUGACUUUGGCUUGGAAAGUUGUGCAAGAGCACGCCGACAUCCUGGUAGGCUCAUUGGAUAAUGGUAACAGUAGACCAAUUGAAGGGAGCUAUGAGUUGCAGGCGAAAGUUGUGGCUAAGCUAGAAUGCGAACCUUGUGAUUCACUUGUUCCCUAGCUUUCACAUUCAUUGCAGGUGUAAUCGACUUUAUUAUGGAAAACUUGGCUGCUCGAGAGAUGUUAUUUGAUUUUUUUUCUUAAGAGACGGCAUAUAUUAUGUACUCAAAGCAAUGAACUUUCGAAGCAGCUAGGUUUAUUAUGUAUGCCGAUUCAACCUGGCUGGCAUAACUGAGUACUUGCAAAGAAAAUCUGCGAAGAAAAAAAAUUAAAGA